UGCAAAAUAACUAAUAGAAGAAUAGCAAAGUAGAUGAUCUGGUUGUAUAUUUGCAUACAAAAAAUAAUUUUUGGGGCAGUGGCCAGAAUACACUGGAGAAUACUUGGCCUACAAGAUUCAUCACACAGAUCUAAGGUUGAAGAGAUUAAUACUGGUAUCCAUUAACUACCCCACACUUCUCUGCUCACCUCCUGUGGUAAAACUACACCAAGUAUUUGCCAUUUUUUUUUUCUACCUUAUCAUGGACACAAAUGCCAACAACAAGCCUCCGUCAGACAGGUACAAUGUAAUCUGGAUUAUAUUCUGCCUUCUUGGUAUAUCCGAUGUCCUGCCUUUGUACUUGACACUGACAUCUAGUGAGUACUUUAAGUCUUCCCUGAAUUUCUCAGAGAGUGCCGAUUCAUCUGCACAACUGAACAGCAACUCUUCGGACAAUGAAUCGACUUUCCUUCAGUCAAAUAUCGAUACAAUCCUGACAGUUGCUAACGUAGCACCUCUGAUCAUCUUCUCUACCAUCAGCACAUUCCUACAGAGCAAGAAUGUAAGCCACAAGCAACUUAUUGGCUACUUGCUGGUCAUUCUGGCUGUUGAGAUUGUGCAGACCAUCUUAUUGAAUGAGUGGACGGACAAUGCGGUAGUGGCCUUCAUCAUUCAACUUGUGUUGUUUCUCAUAGCAAAUAGUUCCACAGCUAUGAUUGGAUCUGUUGUCAGUGGUCUGGUGGGAAUCUUUCCACAGCGCUAUACCACAGCCCACAUGAUUGGACAGGGCCUGUCUUUCAUCUUCACCUCUGUAGCACUCCUCAUCUCCAUGACUGGACAUACUGACUGGACACAUCAAAUCUUCAUUUUUUUCCUGAUGAGUUCAAGUAUGGUGUUUAUUACUGUGUGUGGCUGCAGCAUCCUUCCAAAAUUUGAAUUUGUUCAAUUCUACACAAGAAAACAAAAAAAGGAAAAGGGAGAAUUGAAACAAUCAUCAACAAAUUCAACAAGCCAGGAUGCUACAGAUGUUAAAGUUGUAUUCUGGAAGAACUUGUGCUCAAGAAAGACCACAGCCAUUGAAAGGUUCAAACAAAAUAUGAAAUCACUGUUUCAGAUCUUUUUGAAGGUUUGGGUCCAGUGCACGAUUGGUUUUGUGGUUCUGGCAGUCCGGACCAUCACUGUCCCAUCCAUUGUGGGCAGAGUUGUGCCUCUAACACUGACUGAUGGUCUCUGGAUGCAUUUUUUUUCUCCAGUUUUUGCCUACUUGCUGCUUGCAGUGAGUGACACCUUUGGCAGGUUUGCCACCUUGCUGUAUGUAUUUCCUAGUGCCAGAUGUAUAUGGCUCUUGCUCUUCGUUGGCCUGUACACUCUUUUCCUCCCUGCCUUUUUAUUCUGCAAUGUCCAGCCCCGCAGUCACCUCCCAGUUGUGUUCAAGUAUGAUGCGAUUUUCAUAGUACUAGUACUAGUUUUUGCCAUGAUGGGGGGCUACCUGCGGACCAUCUGCUCCUGCCAUAUAACACAGAUAAUGCCUGUGGAUAAAGUGAAUAUUGCAGGAGAGAUGGUGAACCUGUUCUCUGUUUAUGGCUCCAUUCUAGGAUUUCUGGCGUUCCUGUUCACAGCUAUUGUGUAGUUCUGUUUUUCAGCAACUUACUGGCUAAGAAGGUAGACUUGAGGCUACACAACUGCAGGUUCUAACCCCACCCAACGCACUUGUGCAAAUGUAGAUCUGAAUGUAAUCCUGAAUAUUUAUCAGUCUAUUGAUUUUCAAACCCACCCAGGUUCACCAAGGCCAAGAGCUAUAUUAGCAGCUUUGAAGACAAGAAAGGGUGGGAUUCCAUCACAGAGCACAGACUCACUUACACACCCACAAUUACAAACCCUGGGCCAAUUUAGAGUUGUCAAUUAACCUAAUAUUCAUGUCUUUAAGAGGUGUGAAGAAUACCAGCCAUGAGCUCUUGCAAGAUCCAUGUAGAUCAUAAACAGCCUAGUGUAGUAUUUUGUCUCUUUCCUAUUUGUGUUUUGUCUGAUUUGGGGUUUUUCUGCAUGGGAAUAUUGUUUUUGAUAUUAGAUUUUAUUUUUUCUUCUAUUUUAAGGUCCAUUCACAUAUAAUUUGUACCUAUUGUGAAAGCCCAUGUCUGUCUGUCUGUCCGCACAAAACAACUUGACCCACAGUGGAUCAAUUUUGCUGAAAUGUGGCACACUUAUUCUUCAGGGAAAUUUGCCAAGACAGUUCCUUUUUCGCUUGGAUAUCUCGAACAGAUCAUGCUAUACAAAUUUUUUAAAUUUCAAAAUUUUUCAUUGUUAAGCAGUGGCGAAUUUGGAAGCUCGUCCAUCUUCAAACAAAGAAAUGUUCUGUCUGACUUCAACUAGGAAUUAGUUUAGUGUUCCGAUUUUACCUUAAACUUGUAUAUUUUGUAUAUUUUUCUUAUUCACUUGACUGACGCUCGCAAAGAGCUCACACAGCACUGCCUUUUCCUGUUGUUUUAGGUACAUUAACUAAUAAAGGACAAAAACAGUCACUUCUCUGGAAAUAAAGCAAUUAUUUAAGCAUAUAUAAGACCGAAUUGAUUGAACAAAAUUGGAUUGCAAUCUGCUGUGUAUUAAAGCUAUUCAGCCACCACAAGCCUAUUUAAGCUACAUUUAACUCCAUUGUAAAAUGCUGUUAAAAAGCAUGUGCUUAAUAUACUACUAACACAUGGAAUUGCAUUCUGUUAUUGUUAUUACUUUUGAAUA